UAGAAUUCUUGCUAAAUAAUUGAAAUAGUUCUGUAGAAACACAUAUAAGGCUGUUUUGUGAGAUUUUAGGGGCGCAUCGUGUUCACAGAGUCAACAUUUCCCCCCAAAAUGCUGUAAAGUAUGAAUGAAAUUCUUGGUCUCCUUAUUUUUCAUUGAUUCCUGAGGCCCCAUCCCAUCAGCAGAGUGCUCCAGAGCCUGCUACUCAUCAACCGUGACGUCAGGGCGGCGCGGCACGAGGGAGUUGUCCUCGCGCGGAGUCCGCUGCUGAAACAAGAUGGCUGUGCGCGCGGGAGGAGCAGCGGCGGAGAGCUGAGGCAAUGCAGAGGAGGAUGCCGGAGGGGGGGCGAGGAUUUCACUCCUGUCUGUCCUGUCCUGAAGCGCAACAGCCCCGCAGAGGAGGAAGAGGAGGAGGAGACGACCGCCGCGGAGACGAUGUUGACUCAUUCUCGUGAGGGGAACGGCUCCGGUUGAGUUUUUUUUCUUCUUGCGGACGAGAGACUGAACUGACCGAGGAGUACGAAGUCCUGCCGGGGACGCUUUCAGAGAUGUCCCUGCUGUGCGUGGGAGUGAAGAAAGCCAAGCUGGAUGGACCCCAAGAAAAGUUCAACACUUACGUAACUCUAAAGGUGCAAAAUGUGAAGAGCACAACCAUCGCUGUCAGGGGCAACUUGCCCAGCUGGGAGCAAGACUUCAUGUUUGAAAUCAAUCGCCUCGACCUGGGUCUGACUGUAGAGUUGUGGAACAAAGGGUUAAUUUGGGACACCAUGGUCGGGACUGUGUGGAUUCCCCUCCAAAACAUCCGACAGUCAAACGAGGAAGGUCCGGGGGAAUGGCUCACCGUGGACUCCCAGGUCAUCAUGGCUGACAAUGAGAUCUGUGGCACCAAAGACCCAACUCUGCACCUGGUGCUGCUCGAUACGCGCUUUGAACUGCCGCUAGAUAUCCCUGAGGAUGAGGCGCGCUACUGGGCCAAGAAACUAGAGCAGCUCAAUGCCAUGAGGGACCAAGAUUACUCAUACCAGGAGGAGCAGGAACGGCCUCUCCGAGCUCCAGGAACCCAGUGCUGUAACUGGAGUCUGUGGGGAGACCAACAGAAUGAGGAUCCAGAUAGCGCUGUGGACGACAGAGACAGCGACUACCGCAGCGAAACCAGUAACAGCAUCCCUCCCCCCUUCUAUAGCACAUCCCAGCCCAACGCCUCCGUUCACCAGUAUCCCAUCAGCCACCAGCACUGCAACUCUAGAGGCUUCUCGUAUCCGCGCUCUGGGAACAGCCAUGACCUUGACUACCAACAUCAGAGAACUGUCAGUCCCACUGGCAGCUACGCAUCAACUGCUGAGCUCAGCAGGUGUAGCAGCCAGCUCAGUGAGGAGGACUAUGGUGGGGAGUACGGUGAAAGAGACCCAUACGACGAAAAUGACUCCUACCACUCCUGCCACUCCUCAGUUAGCUACAGUAAAGGCUCUCCAGACUGGGAUCCUGAUGAGACCCAGGGGGGGUACAGUGAUGAGGGUGGUUACAGCAAAGAUGGAGGAGAAGAUGUGGCUCUCUAUGAAGGAGAUGACGGAGGAUUGUAUGAAGGAGAGGAGGAGGGCCUCUAUGAAGAUGAGGAAAUUAUGUAUGACGAUGAGGAUUUGUACAAUUUUGAUGGGACCCUCAGCGAGGACAUGGAGCCACCAUUUACUCCAACGCCAACAUCAACUGCACCCCCAGUGCCUGAUGUGACCAGCUCCAGGCCUCCUCUUGAGAAACAGCCCUCCCUACACCAACAGAAUCCUCCCCAAGCUCCAAACCAAACUUCAAACCAGGCUCUUCCUCCAGGAAUGGCACCAGCUGGACAGCCCCCUACUGGCCAACAAACAGCCCAACCACAGAGACAACCCCAGCCACAAACGCAGCCGCAGCCCACCCAACCUGCAACUUCUUUCUUCUCCAUGGCCAAACCUCUGACAGCUGCAGUCACAGGCUUGGCCUCAUCGUUCCUGUCUUCCGUCCCCAGUGCCCAGCCUGCCCAGCCGCAGUCUCAGCCUCCAGCAUCUGCUGCUUCUCAGCAACAAUCCGCUGCAGCCAACUCUCUUCCUCCAUCCCACCCAGCCACGCUAUCGAACUCUGCCUCCCAACCACCCCCAUCCACCGCCACAGCUCCUUCUUCCCAGCAAACGCCCUCCUCUGCUCCACCUCAGCCCCAUGUCAAUGACCCGUCCUCCACACCGCUGGCAGCUCAGGAGGACAUGGCUCCUCAGCUAGAAGACGAACCGUGGCUGGAUGAGGAAAUGAUGGAGGAGAAGGAGGUCAGGACUCCUCCGGCUCAGCAGGAGGAGAGGCUUCCUGUGGAGCAGGAGGAGGAGCAUUUUGAAGAGAGACCGCUGACACCAGAUGAGUCAAAAGAUAUGCCACCUGAGAGUCCUCCGGUUGUAGAGGAGCCCAAAGAGCCAGUGGACCCAGCAGUCAGGGCCAAAGAGAACUGGCUGAGAAUUUACAACAAGGUGCUCGACCAGGUUCGAGAGGCUCGAGGAGAGACCUCCAGCUCACUGUGGUUCGGUAAGGGAGGAAUGGGAGGUGCGCUCUACAGUAUUGACAGCAUGCCUGAUCUUCGCAAGAGGAAAGCCAUUCCUCUGGUCAGAGAUCUGGCGAUGUCUCUGGUCCAGAACUCUCGUAAAGCUGGGAUCACCUCUGCCAUGGCUUCCACCACUCUUGGCAAUGAAGAGCUGCCAUCUCAUCCACCACUCCACACAACUUUGAGGUGUGGACAGCCACUACCCCCACCUACUGCUACGAAUGUGAAGGGCUGCUGUGGGGCAUCGCGCGGCAAGGAAUGCGCUGUUCUGAAUGCGGCGUCAAGUGCCACGAAAAGUGCCAGGAUCUGCUCAAUGCAGACUGUCUGCAGAGAGCUGCAGAGAAAAGUUCCAAACACGGAGCAGAGGACCGAACUCAGAACAUCAUCAUGGUACUAAAGGACCGCAUGAAGAUACGAGAGAGGAACAAACCAGAGAUCUUUGAGCUGAUCCAGGAAGUGUUUGCCCUUGACAAGACGACGCACGCCACACAGAUGAAGCAGAUCAAACAGAGCGUGCUUGAUGGGACCUCCAAAUGGUCUGCAAAAAUCAGCAUCACAGUGAGUUGUGCUCAAGGCCUUCAAGCUAAAGACAAAACAGGCUCCAGUGACCCUUAUGUAACUGUACAAGUUGGGAAAACCAAGAAGAGGACCAAAACCAUUUAUGGCAACCUGAACCCUAUCUGGGACGAGAACUUUCAUUUUGAGUGUCACAACUCCUCUGACCGCAUCAAAGUCAGAGUGUGGGACGAGGACGACGAUAUCAAGUCUCGCGUCAAGCAAAGGUUCAAGCGUGAGAGCGACGACUUCCUGGGUCAAACCAUCAUUGAAGUUCGCACUCUGAGCGGAGAAAUGGACGUGUGGUACAACUUGGACAAGAGAACUGAUAAGUCUGCUGUGUCAGGGGCCAUCCGAAUGCAAAUUAGUGUGGAGAUCAAAGGAGAGGAGACGGUGGCGCCUUACCACGUCCAGUACACGUGUCUUCAUGAGCAUUUGUUCCAGUACACCACUGAGGACCAAAACGGUGGCGUUGUGAAGAUCCCUGACGCCAAAGGAGACGACGCCUGGAAGGUGUAUUUUGAGGAGACCGCUCAGGAGAUCGUGGAUGAGUUUGCCAUGAGAUACGGGGUUGAGUCCAUCUACCAGGCCAUGACCCACUUUGCCUGCUUGUCAUCAAAGUACAUGUGCCCAGGAGUGCCUGCUGUGAUGAGCACCCUUCUCGCCAACAUCAAUGCGUACUAUGCACACACUACGCAGUCGUCCAACAACGUUUCUGCCUCUGACAGAUUUGCUGCAUCAAACUUUGGUAAGGAGAGGUUUGUCAAACUACUGGAUCAGCUGCACAACUCCCUGAGGAUUGACCUGUCCAUGUAUCGGAAUAACUUUCCUGCCAGCAGUCCAGAGAGAUUACAAGAUCUCAAGUCUACAGUUGACCUGCUAACCAGCAUCACAUUCUUCAGGAUGAAAGUCCAGGAGCUGCAGAGCCCCCCCAGGGCGAGUCAGGUGGUGAAGGACUGUGUCAAAGCGUGUCUCAACUCCACCUAUGAGUACAUUUUCAACAACUGUCAUGAUCUCUACAACCGGGAGUACCAGACGGAUCCAUCUAAAGCAGUUCCUCCAGAUGAGCAAGGUCCCAGCAUCAAAAACCUGGACUUCUGGUCCAAACUCAUCACACUUAUUGUUUCCAUCAUAGAGGAAGAUAAAAACUCCUACACUCCCUGUCUUAAUCAGUUUCCACAAGAACUCAAUGUGGGGAAGAUCAGUGCAGAAGUCAUGUGGAACAUGUUCGCUCAGGACAUGAAGUACGCCAUGGAGGAGCAUGAGAAGAACCGCCUGUGUAAGAGUGCAGACUAUAUGAACCUGCACUUCAAGGUGAAGUGGCUCUAUAAUGAGUACUGCAAGGAGCUGCCGACUUUCCAGAAGCACGUACCUGAAUAUCCAGCGUGGUUUGAGCCGUUUGUCGUCAUGUGGUUGGAUGAGAAUGAGGAAGUUUCCAGAGAUUUCCUUCAUGGAGCCUUGGAGAGGGAUAAGAAAGAUGGGUUCCAGGUCACAUCAGAACACGCCUUAUUCUCCUGCUCGGUGGUGGACGUCUUCUCCCAGCUCAACCAGAGCUUUGAAAUCAUCCGAAAGCUGGAGUGCCCCGACCCUCAGAUUGUUGGAAACUACAUGAAGAGAUUUGCCAAGACCAUUGGUAAUGUCCUGCUGUCUUAUGCGGACAUCAUCGCAAAGGAUUUUCCAAAUCAUGUCAAGAAAGAGAAAGUGCCAUGCAUCAUCAUCAAUAACAUCCAGCAGCUCCGAGUUCAGCUGGAGAAGAUGUUUGAGGCGAUGGGAGGCAAAGACCUCAACGUUGAGGCCAGCGACUUCCUGAAGGAACUCCAGAACAAACUCAACAGCGUCAUGGACGACCUCAGCCGCAUCUUUGCUGUCAGUUUCCAACCUCAGAUUGAGGAUAACGUCAGGCAGAUGGGAGACAUCCUCGCUCAGGUGAAAGGUCAGACUGUCCCGGCAAACGGCAGCGUCGUGCAGGAGGCCGACAACGUGCUACAACCUAUCAUGGACUUCCUGGACAGCAACUUGUCAUUGUUUGCAAAGAUCUGUGAGAAGACGGUUCUGAAGAGAGUCCUGAAGGAACUGUGGAAACUGGUGAUGAACACCAUGGAAAAAACGAUCGUGCUUCCGACGCUCACAGACCAGACGGGCACGCAGAUGAUCUUCAACGCCGCUAAAGACCUGGGUCAGCUGUCCAAGCUCAAGGAGCACAUGGGCCGAGAGGAGGCCAAAGCUCUUACUCCUAAACAGUGUGCAGUCAUCGAGCUCGCACUGGAUACUAUUAAGCAAUACUUCCACGCGGGUGGAGUUGGCCUGAAGAAGACCUUCUUGGAGAAAAGUCCAGACCUGCAGUCUCUGCGCUACGCCCUGUCUCUGUACACGCAGGCCACCGACAAACUCAUCAGGAAGUUUGUCCUCUCGCAGCACGUUCAGGUCCAUGGAGGGAAAGGGAUCAGGUACUCUGCAAAUGAAGACACCCCACCAGAGAAAGCAUCUGGAGUGGACUCUGUGGGCGAGGUGGUCAUGAAUGUGGACAUUUUACCCCAACCAAACGGAGAGCACAAGAUCAGUGUGAAAGUCGUGGCUGCUAAUGACCUGAAAUGGAAAGCACAGGGCUUCAGGCCUUUUGUGGAGGUCUACAUCAUCGGUCCUCACCUCAGCGACAAAAAGAGGAAAUUUGCCACCAAGUCCAAGAACAACAGUUGGUCUCCAAAGUUCAACGAAAGCUUCCAAUACUCUCUGGGAGCCGAGGCGGGUCCAGAGAGCUACGAGCUGCAAGUGUGUGUGAAGGACUACUGCUUCGCCCGGGAGGACCGCACCGUGGGCAUGGCGGUGCUGCAGGUGAAGGACAUAGCCAACAAAAGCAGCGUCACCUGCUGGCUGCCGCUGGGCCGCAGAGUCCACAUGGACGAGACGGGCCUCACGGUGCUGCGCAUCCUGUCCCAGCGCAACAACGACGACGUGGCCAAAGAGUUCGUCAAGCUCAAGUCCGACCAGCGCUCGGCGGAAGAGGGCCGCAGCUGAGCGCGUGGUCGUGCACAAAAACAGCAGGCAGACGCACGCUUCAUCCACAACCACGUGCAGUAUACAAGCACACAUGUAACAUACUCUACUGUACAUAUGACUGCAUACAUUAUGCAACAUUUACAUUGCAAUGUUAUCAAUGCAAACAUAGGGCAAAUAUAUUUAUAAAAGAGUUCACUUUGAUCCUGCCGCCCCCUCACUGGCUGCUGUCGGUCCCUGACUCACUGCUCUGAUCCGUGCUGGUCACCAGGUGAGCGGCCCGACGGCGACCGCUUUGCACUUUUGCCUCUGUGCGUCUGCAUGGGAGCAGUCCUUGCCUAGCUCUAUCUGUUAAGUCUGUCAGUCUUUCGGUGCCCCGCCCCCACAUUCCCGCUGUUUGGUCCUCGAGGUCUUCCCGUGGCGACUAAAGUCAAAAAAACAACACAAACUGUAAAUCCACUUCCUGUUGGCCAGAAAGUCAAACCCCGGAUCUGUGCUGUCGCGUACCCACGUCCUGCAUGUUGACCCCCAGGAACACUGUGAUUCCCUUUGCUGUAACCAUAGCAACCGUUCCACCCACAUCAAGGACGGGCGCCUCUAAUGUUCAACCCAUGUGAGGAUGGUUACACAACCCCCAUAACGGUGAGCGGGAGCUGACGGCAGAUCGCGUCCGACGCUUUCAAAGAGGUGUAAUUACGCGGAGCAAUACCCCCUCACUCAGAGCGCACAGUAAUUUAAAAAAAAAAGGGCUACAGGGAUCAGCGCACUAACACGACGCUUUCGUUCUGCCAUAGAAAUCGCACCACAAACCCUGAAAGUGAGGACUCUCGACCAUCAGCCCACUGUAACAAGCCUCCAGUCGCCUGCACAUGUAUAUAAACUCAUCUAAUAAGGCAAUAGUGGUUUGUUUGUUUGUGUGUUCACUGUAAACAAACCCUCUCAACACUGCUGUGUCUUUUUGUCAAUGUGUACAUGCAUGUGUGUGAACGUGCGUACGUCUCAUAGGCCGAUCGUUAACACAAACCGACGGGCUCUUAGAUCGCGAGCAAUAUACACCCCCCCAAACGUAUGCGCUGGUCGUAUAACACCACAGGAGCACCAAACGCACCCGAGGAAUGGGAAGCUGUCAUCAAAUCCACUUCAUUCCAGGACUCGGAGAUUCCCAUUCCUGUUGGAAGUGUGUGGUUGUUUCUUUCGGAUGAGAGAAGAACGAAAUAUUUGCCUUCAGGAGGACCAAAUGUGCAAGAACCAGAGUUCACGUUUGUUUUUUUUUUUUUAAAAAAAACAAAGCCAUCAGAGUCACCGCCAAGCAUUUUAGUUUUGGAGAAUGACGGAUGAGCAGACUCGCCAUAACUGCUGCUCGUCUGGAGGAAGUCAGCGACGUUGACUGUACGCUGCAGGAGGUUUUUCUGCCAUCAAGCUACCCUGCAUUGGCCUCUUACUUGUUGUCUUUUACUUAGCGCUGCUGAAAGCUACCAAAAAUAAAUCUCUGAAUGUUUAUUUCUCAGCAGAGCCGUCUGUCUCAUCUGAAGGGAAGCCUAGACCAACUUAUGCCUUUGAUUUAGGCCAACUUAAUUUAUAGUCAAACACGUUGAUCCAAAUUAUUCUUUUUUUUCUAAGUUCCUCUCUUUGGUGAAUUAACCCUUUAAUACCUGAGGCGCUUAAACACAAAAUCUUUAGCAUACUGUAACUUUUUAACCGUUAACAGUAUCGACAUAAUUCCAGUAGAUUUUGAAGGAGAAAAGCGGCUUGCGCCAAAAUCUACUGGAAUUACGUUGAUCGUGUGAGCAAUUACAAAAUGACAGGAAAUCAAAAAACAUAAAAAAUGGAGCUCAGGUGUUAAAGUGUUCAAAGGGGAGCUCCACUGAUUUUGAAGCAUCAAAGUGUGUUUUUGGUUUAUCUGGAGCUCAGUUUAGUCACCCCACAUGUUGUCGGUUAUUAAAUUCUAGUAGUGAAAGCUGUGAAGUUGAAUGAGCUCUCGUCCCUGCUUGCUGCUAUCCCCCCCACAAAAAAACCAGCAUCAACCAUCAUGUUGUUUUAUGAGCAAUAUUAAAGAACACACACUUUCCUUCGUUUCUCCCGCAUCCGUUUUGGAAUAACUUUAUUUAAACAAAUCCGACAAUGUUACAGAAGUGAUGAGAAAUCAGUGGAGGGCUCCUUUUACAGUCUGUUUCCAUGUUGUUGUGUGCAGUCGGGACGAGACGUUACAUGUCAGGAUGUGGCGGAAAAAGCAACAAGAAAGUAAACAGAUCGUCCAGUUUUGGGCUUGAUAGCUGCCUGCUUCACACGUGUGUGAACGCACACGCUGACACACACACACACGCACUGACAACACAUGUUUCUGCUCAAGCACAAAAAGAAGACGACACACAUGCAUGCAUCCAUGCAUGCCGACACAACUCUGUGGAGACCAAUGAUGCCCACCCUGUGAAUAGAAUCAACUACAAUUGCAUGAUGGGAAACUUAAUUGUGCCAGCACGUUGUAUCGUCGAUGUUACCUUUUUAUUUUUUUUUACGUUCCAGAUGUACGACGACACAUCAGUGUUUUUGUUUUUAAAAAAAAAAGUGUAUCAAUCUGAAUGUAGUGUGAACACAGAACUCGCAUGAGAGAAUUUUUUUCUACUGAGGAAGUUUGUAAUUCGUUUCUUAGCAUUAUUGAUUGUUCUUUGAUGAGGUUGGAUUGGAGCUGGAAUGCAGCCUGAUUGUGAUCUGCUUCCUAUUAAAAAAAAAAAAAAAAAAAAAAAA